AACAAGCGAACAAUCAGUUUUCAAGCGAAACGCAAUAUAACUAGGUUAAUCGACCUACUAGAAAAAGAACGUUUAGUGCAAAUAGUGAACCGUAACAAACUAAAUGUGACGGUGAAACCAUCAAAAGAAGCAAACAAAUUCGAACCAAUUGUCAAAGCAUCAACAGUGAGAAACAGAGAAUUACAUACGCAUGUGCUAAAUUUUAUGCCCACGAUAACAGGGAGAUUAUUAGUGACAAACAGUCAGGGCAUAAUGACACACGUGGAAGCCCAUGAAAAGGGACUAGGUGGACAAAUAUUCGGUAUGGCAUACUGAAUUUCGUGUUGCAAAAGUGAAACAAUUGAGGAGGUGCAGUUAAAAUGGCGAACGAAAAGUCAUCACCGAAAGUGAAUAAUCAUGACAACCAGGCACAGCAUUUGAUGAAAAAAACCACAGGCAACACACGUUGAAAAUUUUGUUUUUUUUUUCAAUGCAUGAUUAAUGAACCGUUUAUAUUAAAAAAAACACUUGCCACGGGCGCUACUGCGUCCACAAAUAAACUAGUUAUAAAUAAUCAAGAAGUGCAUACCGAACUGCACUUAAGCUACGAUGUUAAACUUAAUAUAAUCAUCGGUUUAGUGGCAGUGCAACUACUCCUGACAAUGUAUAAGUUGCUAGUGAAACGUGAGAGGAAAAGAGCUAACAAACUUUCGGCCAAAUCACUUGCCAAUCUCAACGAAGUUAUUACACAGUGAGUCUGAUGAAGCGGAGUCUGAGACACCAGCAGCCACAUCGACUGUAUCCACUCCACGAAGAUGACGGAAGCUGCCGUAUGAUGCGAUUUUAAAACAACACAAUGGCAACAGUUUUAUCUUCAUCUGGUGAGUCAAGCGACUAAAUGUUCUCUUAAUAUAUGGAAAGUACAAAAUGAAUUAGAUAAACAUAUGAAAGCCUGAUAAAAAUUAAAACCAAUUUUUCUAAAAAUCCAUACCGUAGAUACCUACAUAAAACACUUAUAAUCAAACAAAAAAUUGUGCGCGACCUAUAUAAAAUUAUCACUGAAUUUUUAUUGAAAUUCGAAACUAAAAUUAAUCCUUCUAAAUUUAAUUAUUAUGUUAAAACAAGUAGAAACAUAUCGCUAGAAAUACUUCACGUGAUAGAUUUGAAAUUACAUAAUUCUAAAAGGGGUCCAACGCUUAAAAAUAUUGUACAGUCAAUAAUAUUUUGCAUACGAUUAAACAGACAAUUUCAAAGUUCAAGUUCUAAAAUGGCUAGUGUAAUAGAAAUUAUUAAAAUUAUUACCUCCCUUAUCCCUACUUAUGAUGGCAAUGGGGAAAAACUGGAAAGUAUAGUAGCAGCUUUGAAUGCCUACAAACCGUUAAUUACAGAUGGUAAUAAGCAAACCGCGUUUAACACAAUACUAUCGAGAUUAGAGGGAAAAGCAAGACCGGCUGUUGGAGAUAACCCACAGGCCGUCGAUGAAAUUAUUCAAAAAUUAAAUGAAAAAUGCAAAGGAACUAUCGCACCAGAAACUGUUGAGGCAAAAUUGAAUGCUACAAAACAAAGUGGUGAAGUUACCAAGUUCACCCAAGAAAUUGAAAAACUUACAUUAGAACUCGAACGAGCUUACAUAAAUGAGCACGUUCCAGUAGACACUGCUUCUAGAAUGGCUGUUAAAGCCGGAGUAAAAGCCCUUUUUUCGGGUAUACGGAACGAAGAAACUAAAAUAUUGUUGAAAGCAGGACAAUUCACUUCUUUGUCGUCUGCUAUUGAGAAAAUAACAGAAAAUGAACCAUCAGCAUCAUGCAAAGUUUUCCAAGUCCGUACAAACAAUUCAGGGAAUAAUAGGUACCCUAGGUACACAAACAGUCAGUUUAGGGGAAACAGUCGAGGAAAUUUCAAUAGCCAUAUGAAUUUCCAAGGAUAUUCCAGAGGUCAAGCAUACUCUAGAGGCCGUGGGAAUUUCAGAGGUCACAGAUACCAACGAAAUUUUCACCAACAAUCAACGCGAGGAAAUAACAGAGGUCACUUUAAUAAUAACACACCAAGAAUUUAUUAUAAUACAUCAAAUUUGCAAGAUCAGCAGCACCCUGCUGGACAAGUGACGCUUACAAACCAACAAACUUCAUUGGGGUUUCGUCAACCAUUUCAGCCCCAACAACAUCAACAGCAAUCCAACCAAGUUGCUCUAACACAACUAGUGCCCAGAGCUUAAGCAACGUAUUUACUGUUCAUACAGCGUAUAGCAAUUUUGUAACUCUACAUCUAGAAGCAUCUGAAAAAUGUAGAACAUUUUUAAUUGAUUCGGGAGCAGAAAUAUCAUUAAUCAAAUAUGGGAACAUUAACUCCUCCGAGCUAGUAAAUGUGAAUGACAGAUGUAACAUUACCGGGAUCAAUUCUAAUUCUAUUGAAACUUUAGGCUCCAUAUCUACAUACAUAGAACUACCAAGUGGAUCCAAACUACGACAAAAAUUUCAACUGGUGUCAACCGACAUACCUUUACCAACAGAUGGAAUUUUGGGUCGUGAUUUUCUUGUUAAUUUCAAAGGUGUUAUUGACUAUAACACAUGGAUUCCAAACACGAUACCAAAUAAUGUAACUCCGCUACAAGAUUAUGACAUUUAUUCAUUUAAUAAACAAUCUCAGGAUAUGAGAAUUGGAAAUUUAUUCGAGGAAUUGAAAUUAGACAAUGUCAACGUUGAUGAUGUUGCUAAGGAAAAAUUGUUAACAUUAUAUGCAAAAUAUAACGACAUCUUCGCAUUGCAAACAGAUAUUUUAACCCAUAAUAACUUUUAUAAACAAAAAAUUAAUCUCAAUGACUACAGUCCAGUCUACAUAAAAAACUACAGGAGUCCCGAGAUACACAAAGAAGAAAUAAACAGACAAGUCAAUAAAUUAUUGGAUGAUGGAAUGCUUCAACAUUCUACACCACCAUACAAUUCUCCACUUCUUUUGGUCCCAAAGAAGUCAAAUAAUGAUAAAAAAUGGCGUUUAGUUGUCGAUUUUAGACAACUGAACAAGAAAAUAAUUGCCGAUAAAUUUCCACUUCCAAGAAUAGAUGGAAUACUUGAUCAGCUGGGUAGAGCUAAGUAUUUCACUACGCUCGAUUUGGCGUCAGGAUUCCAUCAAAUUGAACUGGAAGAUGAUUCAAAACAAUAUACAGCGUUUUCGACGACAUCUGGUCAUUAUGAGUUCUGUAGGUUACCAUUUGGUCUCAAUAUAUCACCAAAUAGCUUCCAGAGGAUGAUGACUAUAGCACUUAGCGGUCUCCCUCCGGAAUGCGCUUUUCUUUACAUUGACGAUAUUAUCGUCAUAGGAUGUUCGAUAAAUCAUCAUUUAUCAAAUUUGGAAACAGUUUUUCAAUCACUUCGAAAAUACAAUCUCAAACUAAACCCAGGCAAAUGCAAAUUUUUCUGUCCUGAUGUAACAUAUUUGGGACAUCACAUCCCAAGCCAAUGAAUUCAGCCUGACAAGUCUAAAUAUUCAACAAUAUCGAAUUUCCCAGAACCACAAAACGCGGACGAAGUUAGAAGAUUCGUCGCAUUUGCAAAUUAUUAUCGCAGAUUCAUACCUUACUUCUCAGACAUCGCAGCACUUUUGAAUGCGCUUUUAAAGAUAAAUAUUAAAUUUUAAUGGACCAAGGAAUGUAGAAAAGCAUUCGAACAACUGAAACAAAAACUUCUAUCCCCAGUAAUACUUAAAUUUCCAGAUUUUAGGAAACAAUUUGUACUGUAUACAGAUGCAUCCAAAAUUCCUUGCGGUGCAGCUCUUACACAAACAUAGCUUAUGCUAGUAAAAGUUUUACGAAAGGAGAGAAAAAUAAAUCGACUAUCGAACAAGAAUUAGCAGCGAUUACUUAUUUUAGACCAUAUAUAUACGGUAGACGGUUUACAGUGAAAACUGAUCACCGUCCACUCGUGUAUCUAUUUUCGAUGAAAAAUCCUUCAUCAAAGCUUACCCGAAUGAGACUUGAUUUAGAAGAGUACACAUUCGACUUAGAGUAUGUGAAAGGCAAAGAAAAUGUUAGCGCUGAUGCUCUUUCACGCAUUACUGUCGACUCAGAUGAACUCAAAACUUUUUCUUGCCUACCAGUUCAAACACGAACUAAUAAAUCAACAAAAUAUCAAUAUGACUACGGAUCUAUUAGCGACUGAGACUGAUCACCUCAAAGCUUAUGAUUCAGUUAAUAACUUAGAUGCAUUCAAACUUCCUAAGGUAAUGUUUGAAGUAGAUGACGAAUAUGUAACUAUCAAAUUUAUGACGAAAAACCUGAAAAGAGUAAUUGCACAAGUGAAAUUACUUUACAGAAACGGUGAGAAUGAUUUGAAAACAUGUCUGCAGACAAUUGAGAAUAUGGCCAAGAAAAUAAAAAUAAAAACAGUUGCAAUGAAGCACAAUGAUAAAAUAUUUAAUUUGAUACCACAAGAGGUAAAUAGCAUGCAAUACAAUAUUGAAAGAAGUCAUAAUUAUACUAUAUGUGCCGGCACAAAUUAUCAAUGACGAAGAAACAAUUCAAAAACUAAUCUCUGAAAACCAUGAUACUCCUACGGGUGGUCAUAUCGGUGUGAGCAGAUUAUUAAAUAGACUUAGGUCUAAAUACUAUUGGGUCAAUAUGAAGCAAACUAUUGCGAAAUAUAUAAAACAAUGCAAAAUGUGCAUUCAGAAUAAACAUCGUGUCAAAACCAAUGAAACAUUUAUUAAAACGACAACUCCGACCAAAUGUUUCGAUAUAAUUGCUAUCGAUACAAUCGGUCCAUUAACAAAGUCGAACUUAGGAAACAGAUAUGCAUUAACCAUACAGUGUGAUCUGUCUAAAUACAUUAUUGCCGUACCAAUUCCAGAUAAACAGGCAAAGACAUUGGCAAAAGCCUUGGUAGAACAUUGCAUUCUUAAAUACGGAUGUCCAAAGCAAAUCAAAUCUGAUUUGGGAACUGAAUAUAAGAAUGAAAUAUUCAAAACAUGUGUGAAUUAUUGAAAAUAGAACACAAAUUUUCAACAGCUUACCAUCCACAGACUAUGGGAAGUCUUGAGAGAAAUCAUCGUUGUCUUAAUGAAUAUUUAAGACAUUUCAUUAAUGAUCAACAUGACGAUUGGGACAAUUGGUUGAUUUUCUAUACAUUUACCUAUAACACUACGCCACAUUCAUUUACACCUUUCGAAUUGAUUUUUGAUAAACAAGCGAAAAUACCCUCAGAAUUUUCAGAAACAAUCAGUAUAGAUCCAAUUUAUAACCACGAAUCAUAUGUAAAAGAAUUGAAAUUUAAAUUACAAAUGAUUAACAGAAAAGCAAGAGAACUAUCUGAGAAAUAUAAACACAAUAGAAUUGAUUCACAGUCAAAGGUAUCUAGGCCAAUAGAUAUUUCAAUAGGAGAUAAAGUUUGGUUAAAACACGAAAAUAGAAGGAAAUUAGACAAAGUGUAUUCAGGACCAUUCGAAAUCAUCAGCGAAAAUCAUCCAAAUGUAACAAUUGAAAACACACUUACAAGAGAAGCACAACUAGUACAUAAAAAUAGGAUAAUAAAAAUGUAACACUUCCAUAUCGUCAAGGUUAAACAAUAAUAAUUACUUGAUUUCAAAUAAAUAAAAAGAAUGCCUAAACUUUUAAAUUAUUAAAUAUUAUUAUAGCAUUGUUCUUAAAGAAAAACUCUUUGGCAUGAUACGUAUUUUUUUUUGUAAAAUCAAAUUGAAAAAGUGAAAUUUAGUGUUAAGUUGUGAAUCCGAGCCUAAUCUCUAAAAAAAUAAUAAACGAAAAAAAUAAGUGAAAAAAGAGAUAGGUAAAAAGUCUAAUCCAGUGUUAGACGUGAGAAAUUCGAUAUUUAGCUAUAAA